AUCUACAAAAGAGAAAGCUGAGGCUUGGAGAGGUUCUUCAUUUUGUUCAAAGUCAUACAACUUUUACGUGGUGUAGCCAGGAUGGGAACAAGAGCCUGGCUCUCUGCACUUCCAACACCACUGCUGAAUCCGGGCCCCUCCCGCUUCCCGUCCCUCACCUCUAGCCCCUCGGCUUCAGCUCAGGCCCCUCGGGGAGCAUCCCUUGCCGUGAGACUGACAGGCUUUGGGGGCGCAGGGUCCUGUUCUCUGCGCUCUAGCCCAUCUGUGUGCAGAGCCUCGUUCCCAGGCGCCUGGAGCUCGGCGGGCAUUGACGUCAAGCGCCGGCGGAGCGCUGCCUACAGACGGUUGACCCGGGCCCUCCUCCACACCCCCUUCCUUCUUCACCUCCUCCCUCUUUCCUGCACGGGGGCUCGGGCUCACUAUAAAAGGUGGGAGCGCGUGGUGCCCCAGCAACGACGAGUUUCAGAACCAUGGAGAGCUCCCGCGUGAGGCUGCUGCCCCUCCUGGGCGCCGCCCUGCUGCUGAUGCUACCUCUGUUGGGUACCCGUGCCCAGGAGGACGCCGAGCUCCAGCCCCGAGCCCUGGACAUCUACUCUGCCGUGGAUGAUGCCUCCCACGAGAAGGAGCUGAUCGAAGCGCUGCAAGAAGUCUUGAAGAAGCUCAAGAGUAAACGUAUUCCCAUCUAUGAGAAGAAGUAUGGCCAAGUUCCCAUGUGUGACGCCGGUGAGCAGUGUGCAGUGAGGAAAGGGGCAAGGAUCGGGAAGCUGUGUGACUGUCCCCGAGGGACCUCCUGCAAUUCCUUCCUCCUGAAGUGCUUAUGAAGGAGCGUCCAUUCUCCUCCAUACAUCCCCAUCCCUCUACUUUCCCCAGAGGACCACACCUUCCUCCCUGGAGUUUGGCUUAAGCAACAGAUAAAGUUUUUAUUUUCCUCUGAAGGGAAAGGGCUCUUUUCCUGCUGUUUCAAAAAUAAAAGAACACAUUAGAUGUUACUGUGUGAAGAAUAAUGCCUUGUAUGGUGUUGAUACGUGUGUGAAGUAUUCUUAUUUUAUUUGUCUGACAAACUCUUGUGUACCUUUGUGUAAAGAAGGGAAGCUUUGUUUGAAAAUUGUAUUUUUGUAUGUGGCAUGGCAGAAUGAAAAUUAGAUCUAGCUAAUCUCGGUAGAUGUCAUUACAACCUGGAAAAUAAAUCACCCUAAGUGACACAAAUUGAAGCAUGUACAAAUUAUACAUAAUAAAGUGUUUUUAAUAAUU